AGAAAUAAGCAAAGAUGAAUUUGUUGCUGUUUACCAAGGAGUCUUAAAAAAAAAGAAUGAAAUGAAAGAGCUUGAAGAAAUUUAUGAAAAUGAAGGCUUUGGGUCGUAUGUAUUUAGUUUCAAACACAACAAUGAAGCAUAUUGUAUUGAUGCAACCAAAGAUGAUGGUUCUUUUGGUAGGCUAGUUAAUGAUUCUAAAUACUUUCCUAACUGUAAAAUGGAAAAGUUAACCAUAAAGAAUAUCCCAUUUCUUUGUCUUUUCUCAAUAAGAAAAAUAGAAAAAUUUGAAGAAAUUACCUAUUGUUACGGUGAAAAUAACCUUGACUGGCACGCAGCUAACAAGGAUCGAAUGUUCAAGUAGUUGAUUUAGUUGAAGACAAUAAAUCCAGUUUUUCUUUUAAAGAGGACAGUAAUGCAAAUAAUUCAAAUUUGUUUUUAACGGAAAUGAGUGAUGCAGUUGACUUUGUUGUCAGCACUUUUGUUCAGGAUUUUAUCAAUAAUUCAGCAAACAUUGAAUUAACCACUGUUAGCAGUACUGUUAAUGACUUAUCGGCUGAACCUCAGAAUACGGUUAAUAGUUCUUCAUACCCUGAAUUAUGUGAAGUGAAUAGUAUCAUUGAUGGUGUUUCGGAAGAAGCUCAGAGCUUCAUCAACACUUUAACAAAUUCCGGGUCAAGUCACAUAAGCAGAACCGGUAAUUGUGUAUUGGAAUCUCAGAACUCAAUAAACAAUUCUGAAACCUUUUUGUCUUCAACACUGAAUGACGAAAGUUUAUGUUUCACCAACCUAAAUGAAAAAGACGAACUAAUUAGCGAAGAGAAAGUAAAUACAAAUACUCAUAAAGUAAAAAAAGGUCCAAUUAAAAUACUUAAAAGAUUAUGUUUUAUCUGCGGUAAAUCAUUUCGAAGACUUUCAAGACAUAUUGCAAAAAAACACAAAACUAACGAAAAAGUAAAAACUGCUUUGCAAAAACCCAAAAUAGAGCGUAACAGGCUGUUUCAAUCUUUUAAAAAAGAUGGUAUUCGCAAUUUUAAUUUGAAACAAAUUGAUUUAAAAGUUCCUCGCUUCGAAAGAGAGCGGAGUCAACGAAAGUGUGAAAGUCUAGUUAUGUGUUCGUUGUGUCAUGGUUUUUAUUCGAAAUCUUAUUACUCUCGUCAUAUGAAUGUAUGUGGAAAAGAUUCUUCUCAUUCAAAAUGUGCAGUACCGGUUGAAAUCCUUACUGAUAAAUCACAAGAAGGAUUAAGUCAAAAUUUCAAAACUGAAAUUUUGCAAGUGAUUAGAGACGAUCCUAUUGGCAUUACUGUGAAGAGUGAUCGAACAAUUUUGAUGAUUGGGUCACUACUUUACGAGAAAGUGAGAAGAAAACUUAGCAAAAAAAGUGAAGUUCAAAAUUCUGUUCGAAAUGAUAUGAGACGAUUAGGCCAUCUAUACUCACAUUUUAAAAACUAUGAAGUAAAACCAAUUUAUUGCAAUGCAGCGGAUAUGUUUCUUCGACAAAAUUUUAGUUCUUUGAAGCUUGCAAUCGAAGUAUAUACAGAUACGUAUUCUGAAAAUCAAAAAUCAGGGUUAAAAGCUGCCUUAUAUUAUUUAAUUUCUAGCAGUGCAAAAAAAUGUGUCGGAAGCUUUUUGGCUCAAGAUGACGAUUCAGCUAAAUCAAUCUCUGAUUUUUUAGUUCUUCUGCAACUUCGUAAAGAAGAGAUAUUUGGAGAUGCAACAUAUGAUUUGAAUGAACGCAGAAACAUUAGUUUAAAGAAACCAUCAAAAUUACCAAUUGAAUCAGAUAUUCAAAUGAUACGGGAUCUUCACGCCUACGUUGAACUGCGUGAUGCUGCAUGUACAAGGCUUGUUCUAUUUAAUGGUAGACGAGGCGGCGAGCCUGCCCGUCUUUUGUUACGCGAGUGGUUUGAAGCAGCAAAGGAUGCAUGGCUAGAUGAACAACGUGCUGAAGAUUUAACAGAGAUAAAUGAAACAAACAUGAAAAUAACUUACCAAAGUGGAAAAGGUUCAAAUCAUCUUGUCCCUGUUUUAAUUCCCGAAGAUACUGUCCGUGCUAUGGAAAUUUUAUCCGAUCCAGUUGUUAGAAGUAAUGUUGGAGUUCUGGAAUCAAAUGUUUACGUAUUUCCUAGUUGUCAAAGUUCAGAAAAGCAUUGUUCAGGCUGGCAUAGUUUAACUAACGUUUGUGAUAAAUUGCCUAUAAUAAACAAGUCUAGAUUAACUGGUACAACAAAUAGACAUAGAUUAAGCACGCUUAUGGCUGCAAUAAAUCUUAGUGAUUUAGAAAAAAGUUUAGUUUUUAAACAUUUUGGUCAUAGCAAAAAUAUAAAUGAAAAUAUUUAUCAAGCACCAGCUGCCCACCAACAAAUUUUGUCUACAGGAAAACACUUGUUGGCUAUCGAUGCAGGAAGCGGACCCAAGGAGCACAAACGUAUGAAAACCAGUUCAAGUUUGAUUCAAACAGUAGAUCCUAAUGGAUGUGAACCUGAAAAUGGAGGCAAACUUGAAAGUAAGACAACUGAUCUUUUACAUGAAAAACCUUUAAAUAGUCAUCUGUCAAAAGAAAUUCAAAAUCCAAAUGUGGAACUGAAUCACUCUCCUGCUCAGAAAUUUGAAGAAAGAAUAUAUACUCAGUGGUCAACAGAACAAGAAGAACUAUUGGAAGAAAUGUUUGGAAUAUUUAUCAGAGAUAAAAACCUUGGAUGGCCCAAGUAUAAUGAAAUAAAAGUCUUCUGUAACCAAACUGGGGUUCGAGAAAAAGCUUUAAGAAACAAAAUUAACAACGAACGAGUAAAGUGGAUGAGCUUACGAAAAAAAAGAACAGAAGAACUUAAUAUUUAAAAAUUUGUGAUUUGUGUUUGUUUAAAUCAAUAUAAAAGUUUUAA